AUGGCGGCACGCAAUGUGGUUCGAUUCCUUAAAUCGGCUAAUGUUUCCUUCUCUAGUUUUGACAGACGGGCGGCUGGUGCUUGUGAAUUCUUUCGACAGCUGACGGCAGAGAAGACACGCAAGAUAAACCCCAAGGCUGAGAUUGUUCAGCAUACGACGGUGACGGGUUCACUACCUACUAUCAAACUGGACUUUAUCAAUGGCCGUAAACAUGUUAUGGAAGUACCUGGCAAGAAUGUCCGUGAUAUUUUCGAGGAGGUGGACUUUUAUUGCUCGCAGAUUGAAACCGAGUACGAGAAAGAGGGCAAGUCCAUUGAAUAG